CCCCGCCGGCCGCAUGGAGGCCCCGGAGGGCGCCAAGCCGAGAGACGUGGUGACAGAGACCGGGGGGCCACCUGCUGCUCCCGGGGCCAGGGACCGUUGCCCCGUGCCCGAGGCCGAGGAGGAGGACGCAGCUGUCCCGACACCAGCGCCCGGGCUCCUGCAGGUCGCCGAGAGGAGGCAGCCCCUGAGCAGCGUCUCCUCCCUGGAGGUGCACUUCGACCUCCUGGACCUCGCUGAGCUGGCCGACAUGUCCGACCAGGAGCUGGCCGAGGUCUUCGCUGACUCGGAUGAUGAGACCGGUGACACCCCGGCAGGCCUGCAGCCGCUGCCCCGGGCAGGCUGCCUCCGCUCCCCAUCCUGGACACAUACGAGGGCCGAGCAGAACCGGGAAAAGCAGCCUCCUGGGGAACCCCAGCGGCAGCCGGCGGUGCUGGACACGUUUCUCACCGUGGAGAGGCCCAAGGAGGACUAGGCGGCUGCGGCCCGGGGGUCGGCACAAGCACAGCCCAGCGGCCUUGCUCUGGUUCCUCCAGGGCCGUGCCGGGACCAUGCCCAGGACUGAAGCGGAGCGGCCUGGGCUUCUGGAAACUUGUCUACGAGACUGGUGCUCUGUCCCAGAACCCCCACGCGGGCAGGGGUGACGGCCACCGGGCCCCAGCCCAGGGACACUGCUGCCCAGCCAAGCAUUGUGGCCAGUACGGCGGCUACAGGCCUGGCCCCAUGCCUGCCCCGCCACACAUCUGGUCUGGACCCCGCGGCCCUGCCUGGGUGGGGACCCCGGUGCCUGCACACAGCCCCAAGCCCUCUCAAGGCACAACCCCACUGCCCCCAAUGCUGCUUCUCGUGGCCUGAGGGACAGGAUGGGCCCCUGGCCGCACAGCAAGUUGACGGCUUUAGAAUAAAGGCGUGAGCUCGCCUCCGUCCCAGCCCCAGCCCUUCCCACAGCCGGAAGCCACAUGACUGCCCACAGCCGCCUGGGCUAUGCGCUCCUCUCCAGGCCGGCCGUGUGCCCUGCAGGCUCCCGGGUCUUCCUGCGGCUGGGGGCUCACUUACAAAAGGGGGGAUUAAACAUCACUUCCUGAGGCCUGACCCAUCUCCUCCUUUCUGGCUGACAGUUCCGGGGUUCGUGGGGGCCACUCC